CCCGAACGGGGGAAGGGGAAAGGACGACAUAAAAGAUGGAGCAGUGGGACUAGCUCCUUCGUGCAGAGACCUUCUCUCUUUCUUUCUCUUUCCUUCCUCCUUUCUCUCUUCUUUCUCUCUUUUGCCACCGACCCCACAAAUCUAUGCGGUCAAGUCCUCUCUUACGCACCGACAUCGACACUCGACUCGACACUGUAGACAUGCAAGUUCAGGCUGCUGCACCUUCCUCGCCGGCGCAGACCAACACCGCUCCACAACCAUCAGACCUUCAGGACAAAUCCUGGAUUGCCUCUACUUCUGCAAUCGCUCCUGAGCACGACCCCAAUCCCUCCUGGAUUUUUUAUCCUCCUUCAGCGACCUAUAUCCCCCCAAGCUUAGCCUGCACAUCCACCACAGGUGCCAGCUCCCCUCCGCCGACCUUACCAUCGUCGCCCUCAAGGUCCCCACGGUCCUCCCCUCCUCCUGGUAACGACGCUACAAUCGGCAUCGGCAGCAGCAGUAGUGCCGGUUCGGCAUCUGCUUCAGUUCCAUCAACACACCACCGAAUCCUGGACCAUUGCUUUCAUUUGUCAAUCGAGACCCGUCUGAAACAAGCAGAGGCACAGUAUCUGGCUUCGACGCAGGAACAGGCCUUAGAGCAGGAGAUCGAGAAACAGGAUCAGAAUCAGGAUCAGGACAAAGCUACUGCAUCUGCGCUGAAGCAGGAUGACUGGCGAAAACGUCAGCGUUCGCUGGUGGAUGAGGCUGUGGUUCUAGGACGCAAGGGUUCGAAUGUCGAGGCGAUUGUCGAUGGUAGGCUAUCCCAACUACAUCACAUCUGAUUGCAUGACACCCUGUAGACAAUCGACGUUCCCGCGUCCUCUUUAAGUGUGUCUCCGUAUAGGCAGCACAUGCUUUUCCCUCUUGUUCCUAUCAGCAUUUUUUUUUUUUUUUUU